AUGAUUCAGGAAUCACAGUCAACCAGCAAUGAAAGAUGGAACGGGCAUGGUCCAGAACACAACAUGGCUUUGCAACAAAUUCUCAAACUUCAAGAAGCGAGGGCGCUCCACAAAACUUCUCUACUUCCUAUUUACAAAAAGAACGGUCUUCCUUCACCACCGUCUGCUAACCAGGAUUACGAGCAGGAAAAUAAGAAACAAGACAAAUAUGCCGAACACCAAGUGUUCGAGCAGUUGAAAGUGGAAGAGGAAUUUAGAAAACUGAUGGAGAGAUCGAGUAUCGAUGCUCGUAAUGAGGAGUCCUUAAAAUACUUCGAGCACAUGAUGGAAGCAAGACAGCAAUUCCAGUAUUUAAAACAUAUUCAGGAAAGAAAUAUGAAGAAUGCCUAUUCUAAGGAAGACAACUUAGGAAGAAAAGAUGAAAUCACACCCAAUGAUAAUAAAUUUUCACCCAUUCACAAACAGUCACCUCCAAGAACAUCGUCAGCGGAAAUCUCACCAAACCACAAUGUCCGGCUAUCUACCUCAUCCAGUCCCCUCUCUGCUACUAGUCCAAUAAACUCGUCCCCGUUAAGUCACCUGCAAAACAUGCAACCAUUUGACUUUCGUAAGCAAAAAUUGCCUGAAAAUAACACGAAAGUAGAAUCUUUAAAAAGUAAUUACAAUAUAAAUAAUGCUGAGAAAGCGGCAAUUGAAUUAAUGAGAAGCCAACUUUUCAAUUUUCAAUUGCCUCCUAAUAUGCCUAUUCCGCCUAUGUCUCUGCCAUCUACAUUUUCGCAUCCCGCAGCAAUGGUUGCUGCUUUGAGUCAAAAUCCUAUGGGAUUAGCUUCUUUGCAAGCGCUAUUGCCUCAAAUGUCAUCAAAAGUUGUCGAAUCUGAAAUAAAAAUAAACAAUGGCGUCGGAAAUGGCAGAAUUGAUGAGAGAAUCGAUGAAGAAAAUGUUUUAAACUUAAGCAAAGACGUUUACGCAGAAAGAACACAUAAAUCUAGAGACUUAAUGAUAGGUAAAUGCUUAAGCCCACCGAAAAGACAUUGGGGAGCAUCUCAAAUGCCUUUAAACUUAGGUACCCAUUUUAUUAACCCUGCUACUGGAAAGAAAAGAGUACAAUGCAAUGUGUGCCUCAAAACAUUUUGUGAUAAAGGAGCACUGAAAAUUCAUUUCUCAGCUGUGCAUUUAAGAGAAAUGCAUAAAUGCACCGUCGAAGGUUGCAGUAUGAUGUUCAGUUCAAGGAGAUCAAGAAAUAGACACAGUGCUAACCCGAAUCCAAAAUUACAUUCACCACAUUUGCGACGUAAAAUAUCUCCUCACGAUGGUAGAAGUGCUCAAGCUCAUUCUGUUCUCUUAUCACAACAUGGAGGGGGCUUCAAUAUACCGCCUGUAAUCAACCCAAUACAUGCAUUUGGAUCCUAUCCAGUUAUAAAUCCAACACAAAGCCUGCGGCCAUUUUCUAAUAAUGUACCUUUAGAUUAUAAAAAUAAUAUUAAUUUACCUUCUCAAUUUGAUCAUUCACACUUGCAGCGAGAGUCUAAUUUAGAAAAUAAUAAAGAGCAAGACGUUCACGGUGAAUCUGAUGAAGAUGAUGGUAUUGUUGUUGUAGCGGGAGACGAAGAUGACGAUGACAACGAUCACAUGGAUACUAGUGAUUAUUAUUCAAAUUUAAAUAAGUCAAUAGGCUCUUUAGAAGAUUCUGAAAAUGAUUUUGAUCAGAGAAGUGUAAGUGAUAAUAAUGAUAAUAAAGAAAAAGAUGGCGUAAACAGUCCGGAAGUAAUGAAAAGGAAAAGAAAAAAUUUAAACCCCAUUCGUUUGCACAGUAACCAAAAUAUUGAAAUCCAAGAAAAGGUUGAAGUUGACAGGGAAAAUCGUAUUGAAGAUGAGAAUUUAAUGGAUCCCAAAAGAGUUAAAUGUGAAGGAAAAGACAUGAUUGAUAACUGUACACUUCUUAAUGAAAAUGUAGAUCCAACAACAAUAAAGCAAGAAAUCCCUCCGAUUAAGGAAGAACCUCAAGAAACAGAAUAUAAUGCACAAGAUCUACGUAUUAAAGAAGAACCGAAAGAAAAAGAUGAUUCAUAUAAAACUACAGAAAAUUCGCAACUAAAUAACGAACAUUUUUCUUCUGAGAACGCUUUAAAAAGAUUAGAGAGCUUAUCGAAAGGAAAUUUUCCAAACGCAGCAAAAAAGAUUGAAAAUCACAAUCCAUUAGCCCCCUACAAUUUAUCAAUGCAUGAUACUGUGGAAUAUUCAGAUCGAUCUCCCUCUUCAUCAGUAUCAAGUUAUGAUUACGUAACAGAUGAUAGCCACUGUCAAAUUUACGGUCACUUUGACAAUGGUUUCUUUGUAGUUACCACCGAUGUUCCAACUGAUCAAGAAAAUCCACUAAAAUGUACAGUUUGUGAUAAACUAUUUCAAAACAAAUACAUUUUGAAAACGCAUUACCAAAACUCGCAUUUAAAAGUAAUGUAUAAAUGUAGUAACGAAGGCUGUAGAGCUUCCUUUUCGACAAAACCUAGCAGAGAUCGACAUAGUUGCAAUAUUGAUUUGCACAAAAAGAUAUUUUCAAUAUGCGGGAAAAUAUCUGAUGAGUAUCCGCUGAAAACGUUAGAAAAGACUCGCGAGCAAAUGGAAUUAAUAUCGAGAUUCAAUGAAGAUGAACGAGUCGUACCAUAUAUAGAAUCGCACAAAUAUUAUCACGCGAAAGAAUCUGAGAAGCCAAAAAAUCAUUUAAGUCAACACAUGCCGUUUGGGGUACCUUAUCCACCUUUGCAACUGCCGGAGGCGUAUCUAAACGGUCGUGAUAUGUUUGGUCAACAACCUUUUCUGUUCACACCAUUUGGCAUGUUACCGAAUUUCCCCGCCAUACCGUUUGGCUUCCUCCCCCCUAACUUAAGUCCCUUUGGUUGUGAACGUCAAAAUUACUCAACACCUAUGUUUCGAAAGUUAAACUAUUGCAUAGAAGAUGAAGCGCCUCGACCCAAUAAAGACGGAUUAUAUCCAUGUAGGGCUUGCCGGGAGUUUUUCAAAGACUUAAUGGGUUUGAAACUUCACUGUGAAAACGUCCACGUCCAGUCUUUACACAGAUGUUCAGUGACCGGUUGCAACGCUGCUUUCUUUUCGAGAACUAAGAGGAACAUUCACACUGAAGCUCACGUUAAUUCACGACGUCAGAACGGUAGAAGUGUCCCACUUGUGAAUUCAACGUGA